CGUCGUGUGAUAUUCCGCACCAGUGUUACGGCGAAUGGGAGCAUUGCGUUGAGCAUGAUUUUGGUACAACCUGUGAAUGCGCGGAAGACCGCGUCAGGGUCAAUGGUUCUUGUGUCGUGACAUGUGAUGUUCCGAACGUGUGCCUCGAUGGGGAGCAUUGUGUCGAGCAUGAAGGCGGUGUGACCUGUGAAUGCGCGGAUAAUCUCGUCAGGUUCGGUGGUUCUUGUACCGAAAGAUGUAAUGUUCCGAACGCGUGUGGAGACUGGGAGAGAUGUUUUGAGCAUCAAGGCGGUGUGACCUGUGAAUGCGAGUAUGGACGCGUCAGGGUCGGUCGUUCUUGUGUCGAAUCAUGCGAUCACACUUGGUGUGGCGAAUCGGAAGUGUGUGUGAUGCAGGAAAGCGGUACCACCUGUGAAUGCAUCAAUGGAACCAUCAGGGUGGCUGGCAUUUGUGUCGCCGCGUGCGACAUCACGAAAACGGAUUGUCCCAAGAAAUCCAGUUGCGCCAAGGUUUCUGGAGAUUUGGGAGUGUGUAAAUGUGAUGCUGGCUUCCGGCCAAGUGACACCUCAUGCCGUGUGUGUCUCAACAACAGUGACUGCCCCGAGCAUGCCUGGUGCAAUGGAGGUGGAGGUGAUUGCUCUUGUGAUUUCGGCUUCGCAUGGAACGGCGCUCAUUGCUUUCAGCCAUGCACUGUGAACAACUGUGGAGAGAAUGCCUUUUGUUUCAAGAAUGCAACAGGGAGUGACAUGUGUAGCUGCAACGAUGGGUACACCAGGACUCCCAAUGAUGGCUGCGUGGACUCGUGCAUUGUGCAGGAUUGUGGUGCCAACGCCACCUGUGUCAAGGGCAAGCUUGAUGUAGCAGUGUGCAUCUGCAAGCAGGGCUUCACGAAUGUGUCUGAGACAUGCGUUGCACAACCGCCACUCCCCCCUCUCCCUUCUGCUUCCCCUCUUCCCCCCUCCCCUCCCCACGAUCCCUCUCUCUUCCUCCCCCAUUCCUUCGCCAGCAACAUGCCUCAUGACUGCGAGGUUUUGGAGUGUGGAAUACGAGGAGUUUGCGAGCAUGACCCUGUCACUUCGGAGGCCAAGUGCAUUUGCUUUUUGGACAGCACCGUCUCGCUGCCAAAUGGGACUUGCAUCGAUAAGUGCUGGUCAAGGUGGUGUCCGCCCCCAGCCGUUUGUCGUGACGAUAUUACUUGCACAUGCGGCGACAACAUGGUUGGCGAGCCUGGAUCUUGUCUCGCAACAUGCGGUCACCCAGACGUGAAUUGCAGCCCAGAAGAAGACUGUAUUCCUCAAAGCAUCGAGGAGCGGACCCAUGCUAAAUGCGUGUGCAAGGAUGGGUACCUUCGCAGAGAGGCACGCGUUUGUGCCCAGUUUCUUCGUGACAAUUGUACUGCUGACAAGUGUGCUAAUGGCAAAUGCGUUGAGAAAUCUCACAACUGGUGGUGGGGUUGGAACAACGAUCUGUCCUCCCAAUACUGCCACUGCAACCAAGGCUACUCACCGGAUCCAGUCUCAGAAAAUUGCACAGAAUCAUGCACAACCGCGGGCUGUUCAGAAGGACACCGUUGUGACACAUCUGGACUCUAUCCGUUAACUGUCCCGCUGACUGUCCCCGUACCUGUGUUUGGAACUCCCGGACGAGCAUCCAAGCUUGCCCAAGUACGUGCUCAUAGUCUCAUUUUCUUGUCCCGUUGCCUUCCCUUUAUCAUUCACUCGUGCGCAUUCCACUCCCUGACCCCAUCUCCCCUCUCCCUCCCUUUAUCAUCAUUCGUGCACAUUCCACUCCCUUCCGAUCUGUCGUUUUGCUCCUUCCUGCGUUUCCCCUCUCCACUUCGCUGCCUCACUCCAGUAGCUGACCCACGUGUUCCUCCAAUCCUUCUGCUCCAUGUCAUGUCCACCAGCACGCCUCCUGCCAAAGGUCAUUGCACUAGUGGCGAUGUAGGUUACUUUCUCUCCCCUCUCCCACUCUCCCCCUCUCCCACUCUCCCCCUCUCCCCCUCUUCCCCCUCUCACCCUCUUCCCCUCUCACCCUCUUCCCCUCUCCCCCUCUUCCCGUCUCCCCCUCUUCCCCUCUUCCCCUCUUCCCCUCUUCCCGCCUUCCCCUCUUCCCCUCUCCCCCCCUUCCCAUCUCCUGUCGAGGUGGGCAAGGUAGCACCUCAGAUCAACCAUGUGUCACCGCACCGCUCUCAAGUCAACCAUGUGUCACCGCACCGCUCUCAAGUCAACCAUGUGUCACCGCACCGCUCUCAAGUCAACCAUGUGUCACUGCACCGCUCUCAAGUCAACCAUGUGUCACCGCACCGCUCUCAAGUCAACCCUGUGUCACCGCACCGCUCUCAAGUCAACCAUGUGUCACUGCACCGCUCUCAAGUCAACCAUGUGUCACUGCACCGCUCUCAAGUCAACCAUGUGUCACUGCACCGCUCUCAAGUCAACCAUGUGUCACUGCACCGCUCUCAAGUCAACCAUGUGUCACCGCACCGCUCUCAAGUCAACCAUGUGGUCACCUCACCGCUCUCAAGUCAACCAUGUGUCACCGCACCGCUCUCAAGUCAACCAUGUGGUCACCUCACCGCUCUCAAGUCAACCAUGUGGCCCCAAAAUGCGCAAUUCGAACCUGCGAUUUCGGCCAGGAGUGUCGUGAGGACGCUUACGCUUCAUACUGUCACUGCAAGGUUGGAUAUACUCCAGUUACCAGUACCUCCUGUGCGCCACGAUGCCGAUUCAUGCAGUGUGGUCCCUUUGAACGUUGCGAAGAAACGGAGUACGGUGGAAGAUGUCCAUGUUCACUUUCAUUUCCGCAAAGCACUCGCCCUCUCCCCCCCUCCCGUCCCUCUCCCCCCCUCCCGUCCCUCUCCCCCCAUCCCGUCCCUCUCCCCCCCUCCCAUCUCUCUCCCGCCCUCUCAUCUCUCUCCCCCCCUCCCGUCCCUCUCCCCCACUCCCGUCCCUCUCCCCCCCUCCCGUCCCUCUCCCCCCCUCCCGUCGCUCUCCCCACCUCCCGUCUCUCUCCCCCCCUCCCGUCUCUCUCCCCCCCUCCCGUCGCUCUCCCCACCUCCCGUCUCUCUCCCCCCCUCCCGUCCCUCUCCCCCCCUCCCGUCCCUCUCCCCCCCUCCCGUCCCUCUCCCCCCCUCCCGUCCCUCUCCCCCCCCUCCCGUCGCUCUCCCCACCUCCCGUCUCUCUCCCCCCCUCCCGUCUCUCUCCCCCCCUCCCGUCGCUCUCCCCACCUCCUGUCUCUCUCCCCCCCUCCCGUCUCUCUCCCCCCCUCCCGUCUCUCUCCCCCCCUCCUGUCUCUCUCCCGCCCUCUCAUCUCUCUCCCCCCCUCCCGUCUUUCUCCCCCCCUCCUGUCUCUCUCCCGCCCUCUCAUCUCUCUCCCCUCCUCCCGUCUCUCUCUCUCCCUCUCUCAUGGUCCUUUCAUUGAUGUAG